GCCCUGUUCUCCCCCUUAGACAGCCUCCCGUCCUCCCCAGGCUGACACACACACAGCAGCUGUUGCCUGCCUCACUAUGACAACCUAGCCUCACCUCUGGCUCUACAAACACAUACACAUACCAGGCAACAGUACAGGAGGAGCACCACUCUGUCCGAUAGGGAUCAGUCAUUCCAGAGAAACAGGUCUGAGAACAGUGAGAGGAAAGAAUGGGGCUGUGGACGAUGCUGAUCGUGGCUUUGCAGCUGGUCUUAAACCUGUGUUCAGACGGAGCCCAGGGAUCAGUCUAUGAUCUCCUAAACUCCCCGGACUGUCUGCCAGACCUGCUGCAGGGCGGCCUGGUGGAGCAGGGGGUGAAUGAGGCGUUCAUCCUCACCACCUUUAAACUGCAGCCUAAGACUGGCACCACCGUGUUUGGUCUGUACAACCCCCGGGACAACAGCAAGUACUUUGAGUUCACCGUGCUGGGGAAACUCAACAGAGCUGUGCUGCGUUACCUGAGGAGUGAUCGGAGGAUGAGCUCUGUGACCUUCAACAACAUCCAACUGGCGGACGGUCAGCGCCACCGCCUCCUCUUCCACCUGAAGGGGAUGCAGCAGGGCCCAGGGGCGGUGGAGCUGCACCUGGACUGCAGACUGGUGGAGACGGUCAGGGAUCUCCCCUCCGUGUUUCAGGGCCUGCCUGCAGGCUACGGCGUGGUGGAGCUGAAAAGCAUGCAGGGCAAAGCAGAGGAGGAGCUGGAGGAAUUGAAACUGGUGGUGGGAGACACGUUUGAGAAUGUAGCCUCUCUACAAAACUGCCACCAACAAGGAGACUCGGUGCAGACUCUGGGGGUCAACACAAAGCAACUCUCCAAUCAAAUGCUUGAGCUCACCCAGGUGAUAAAUGAGCUGAAAGAUGUCCUUAUUCAGCAGGUCAAAGAGACAUCUUUUCUCAGAAACACCAUCUCUGAGUGCCAGGCUUGUGGACUGGGUGGAAGUGAGGUCAUUGAGCCAAAGUGUGCCCCUGGUGUUUGUUUCCGUGACGACAUGUGUAUUGAGACGGAAGAGGGUGUUGAGUGUGGACCCUGUCCUGAUGGAUACACAGGGGAUGGCUUCAGCUGUGAUGAUGUGGAUGAGUGUCAGUUUAACCCUUGCUUCGCCGGGGUAAAGUGUGUGAACACAGCUCCAGGGUUUCGCUGUGAUGCAUGUCCUCUGGGCUACACUGGUCUGGCUGUGGAGGGGGUGGGAGUGGUCUACGCACAGACAAACAAACAGGUCUGUGAUGACAUUGACGAGUGCAAAGGAUCCAACAACGGAGGGUGCACUGCUGACUCUCUCUGUCACAACUCUGUGGGUUCAUACGUCUGCGGGGGCUGUAAAACAGGCUACAUAGGGGGCCAGGUGAAGGGCUGUAAGCCAGAGAGGAGCUGUGGUAACAGUCGGACCAACCCCUGUGAUGUCAACGCCCAGUGUAUCCAAGAAAGAGACGGCUCCAUCACCUGUCAGUGUGGGAUUGGCUGGGCUGGUAAUGGCUACCUAUGUGGGAAGGACACAGACAUUGAUGGAUACCCCGAUGAGAAACUCAAGUGCAAGGAUAUGGUCUGUAAAAAGGAUAACUGCAUGCGUGUUCCCAACUCUGGCCAAGAAGAUGCUGACGAGGACGGACAAGGGGACGCUUGUGACAAUGACGCUGAUGGAGACGGUAUUCUGAAUGAACAGGAUAACUGCUGGCUGAAGCCUAACGUGGACCAGAGGAAUAGUGACAAGGACAACCACGGUGAUGCCUGUGACAACUGUCGUACGGUGGAGAACCCCGAUCAGAGGGACACUGACGGUGACAGGAAAGGAGACGCCUGCGAUGAUGACAUGGAUGGAGACGGCUUGAAGAACUUCCUGGAUAACUGCCAGAUGGUGGUGAACCGGGACCAGUUGGACCGGGAUGGUGACGGAGUGGGAGACGCCUGUGACAGCUGCCCCGAUAUUCCUAAUCCUAACCAGUCCGACAUCGACGAUGACCUGGUUGGGGAUUCUUGUGACACAAACCAAGACAGUGAUGGUGACGGUCACCAGGACACCAAGGACAACUGUCCCAACGUGAUCAACAGCUCCCAGCUGGACACAGACAAAGACGGCCUGGGGGAUGAGUGUGACGAUGACGAUGACAACGACAGCAUCCCUGACUUCCUGCCACCCGGACCCGACAACUGCAGACUGGUGCCCAACCCCGACCAGCUGGAUGAGAACAAUGACGGUGUUGGGGAUGUGUGUGAGUCAGACUUUGACCAGGACAAGGUGAUUGACAGAAUAGACAACUGUCCAGAGAACGCUGAGGUCACUCUGACAGACUUCAGAGCCUAUCAGACGGUGGUGCUGGACCCCGAGGGUGACGCCCAGAUUGACCCCAACUGGGUUGUCCUCAAUCAGGGAAUGGAGAUUGUACAGACCAUGAACAGUGACCCUGGACUGGCUGUGGGUUACACUGCCUUCAGUGGGGUGGACUUUGAGGGGACAUUCCAUGUAAACACAGUGACUGACGAUGACUACGCAGGCUUCAUCUUUGGCUACCAGGACUCCUCCUCCUUCUACGUGGUCAUGUGGAAACAGACUGAGCAGACCUACUGGCAGGCCACACCCUUCAGAGCAGUGGCCGAGCCUGGCAUCCAGCUCAAGGCUGUGAAGUCUAAGUCGGGCCCAGGUGAGCACCUGAGGAACUCCCUUUGGCACACAGGGGACACCAACGACCAGGUGCGUCUGUUAUGGAAGGACCCCAGGAACGUGGGCUGGAAGGACAAGGUUUCCUACCGCUGGUACCUGCAGCACCGGCCCCAGGUUGGAUACAUCAGGGCCCGUUUCUAUGAAGGUACAGAACUGGUGGCUGACUCUGGUGUGACCAUUGACACCACCAUGAGAGGAGGACGACUGGGCGUUUUCUGUUUCUCUCAGGAAAACAUCAUCUGGUCCAACCUAAAGUACCGCUGCAAUGACACCAUCCCUGAGGACUUCCAGUUCAGCACGCAGCACGGCGUCAACGACAGUCUCUAAUCCUACAGAGUCUGAAAGAAAGACCGUUUCUCCACGUGUUUGGAAUUUUUGUGGUGUGUGUGUGUACACAGUGGCAAUACUGUAUGUACUGUAUUUUUUCUGUUUAUGUCUAUGCCACCUCCCCUCAAUUUUUUUGAAUCAAAUUGUCUUCCUGAGUAUUAAAAUCAGUGUCCUCAGUGCUCUGAAUGAGGACUACUAGAGUAAAAUAAAAUGAUAUUUAUCAUUACAUUUCAUGCAUAUUACAAUUCAAACUCUAGAUUUUGUUUAUUCUUUGAGCUCAUUUUGCGUUAUCAUCCACAUACACAAUCAUCAGCCAUUGAUAUAAGCUUCCUUCUCUGUCAGAGCAGCAUUUAUUCCCCAUGUGAUAUACCAGCCCCACACUCUGCACAAUGUAUUCACACGACAUGGACAUGAAAGGGAACACAAGAGAGGAGUCAGACCAUGGUGACUUGGCCAUGCCUGAGCAUAGUCCAUUUUCUCGUACCCUGGUCCCAGAUCUGUUUGUGCUAUCUUGCAAUUUUGGAAAGACAACACAAACAGAUCUGGGACCAGGCUAACUGUCUUGUAACUCUGACCCCUCAACCCUCACCCGAGGCCUCGUCUUAACCAAGAGUUUGGUUAUCAUUGCUUAUCACGGCUUCUUGACGCAACUCUCUGGAGACCGAUGGAAAGCGAUGCUUUACAUAUUUAAAUGAUUCUCAAAUCAAAUCUACUCCUUUGUCUGGUUUCACUCUUAGACGUAGGUGUUUAUAUGUUUGAAAUGGAUGUUGGUUAUUUUCUAAAUUGUAAGGUUGAUCGACAAGAGAAUUCCACAUAAAAAAAAUUAAGAGACAUUG